AGGCCUUUCCGGGUGCUCCUCUUGUGAUCACAGACGCGGAAAGGUCGCUGGGGUGGUGGAGCUGAGGUCCAGACCUUACGGCCAAAAUCUGAGCUCAUAUUGGAUACCGACCUGCCGCCCCCGUCCCCGCCCCCGGAGGCGCAGAAGGAUGUCGGUCUGCUACCGUCCCCCAGGGAAUGAGACGCUGCUGAGCUCGAAGACUUCGAGGGCCACAGGCGCUGCCUUCCUGCUGCUGGCGGCGCUUCUGGGGCUGCCGGGCAAUGGCUUCGUCGUGUGGAGCUUGGCGGGCUGGCGGCCUGCCGGGGGGCGACCGCUGGCGGCCACGCUCGUGCUGCAUCUGGCGCUGGCCGACGGCUUGGUGCUGCUACUCACGCCGCUCUUCGUGGCCUUCCUGACCGGGAAGGCCUGGCCGCUGGGCCAGGCGGGCUGCAAGGCGGUGUACUACGUGUGCACACUCAGCAUGUACGCCAGCGUGCUGCUCACCAGCCUGCUCAGCCUGCAGCGCUGCCUCGCCGUCACCCGCCCCUUCCUGGCACCCCGGCUGCGCAGCCCCGCCCUGGCCCGCCGCCUGCUGCUGGCCGUCUGGCUGGCCGCUCUGGUGCUCGCCAGCCCGGUCGCUGUCUACCGCCACCGGGCCCCCUACCACGCCGUCAACGUCCUGCAGGUGCUCGCCGCGCUGGCUCCGCCCGAAGGGGCCUUGGCGAGGCUCGGCGGGGCGGGCCAGGCGGCGCGAGCUGGAACUACGGCUUUGGCCUUCUUCAGCUCCAGCGUCAACCCAGUGCUCUACGUCUUCACCGCCCGCGAUUUGCUGCCCCGCGCGGGUCCCCGCUUCCUCAUGCGGCUCUUUGAGGGCUCCGGAGAGGCCCGAGGGGGCGGCCUCUCUAGAGAGGGGACCAUGGAGCUACGAGCUACCACUCGGCUCAAAGUGGCGGGGCAGGGCCGCGGCAAUGGAGACCCCGGGGGCGGGGCGAAGGACAGUCAGGGAUGAGACCCUUGACAUCAAACCCUGCAACCGGGCAUGCUCUUCCCUAUCCCUUUCCAUCGCCCCCCAGAACUCAGGGAACCCCUCUGGAGGGUUUGGGGAUCCUUCUCUGACCAGUUUGGCUCUGGCUGGGGCAGAAUUAUUACAUAUCUCGGGCAGGCCCAAGUUCCUCCAGACUGAGGGAUUGUGAUGGUCUGGUCCGUGUUAAAGAAUAUCAUGUACUUGCAA